AUGCCUCGGCUGCUGGCCGCCCUGCUCCUCCUCCUCCUCGCCACCAACAGCGCCCUCGCCCUCAGGAUCUGCUCCUUCAACAUCAGGUCCUUCGGGGAGAGCAAGAGGGAGAACCAGAAGGUCAUGGACGUCAUUGUGAAGGUCAUCAAACGCUGUGACAUCAUACUCCUGAUGGAAAUCAAGGACAGCACCAACCAGAUCUGCCCCACGCUGAUGGAGAGGCUGAAUGGAAAUUCAAGAGCCACAACAUACAACUGUGUGAUUAGCUCUCGGCUCGGGAGAAAUACAUAUAAAGAACAGUAUGCCUUUAUCUACAAGGAAAAGCUAGUGACCGUGAAGGAAAGAUACCUCUACCAUGACCUUCAGGAUGGAGACGCAGAUGUAUUUUCCAGAGAGCCCUUUGUGGUCUGGUUCCAGUCACCCCAAACAGCCGUCAAGGACUUCGUGAUCGUCCCCCUGCACACCACCCCCGAGGCCUCCGUGAAAGAGAUCGACGAGCUGGCCGACGUCUACAGGGAUGUGAAACGCCGGUGGAAGGCAGAGAACUUCAUCUUCAUGGGGGACUUCAAUGCCGGCUGCAGCUACGUCCCCAAGAAGGCCUGGAGCAGCAUCCGCCUGAGGACCGACAGCCAGUUCCUGUGGCUGAUCGGGGAUAAAGAGGACACUACUGUCAGGAGCAGCACCGACUGUGCAUAUGACAGGAUUGUGCUGAGAGGACGAGAGAUCGUCAACUCCGUGGUACCGAAGUCCAGCAGCGUCUUUGACUUCCAGAAAGCAUAUGGGCUAACUGAAGAGGAGGCCCUGGAGGUCAGUGACCACUUUCCAGUUGAAUUCAAACUACAACCUUCAAAGGUCUCCACCAGCAGGAAAAGAUCUUUCUCUUCCCGGAAGAGAACCAGGGGCCGCCGCUCCUAG